AUGAGGUUCACCACCACCGUCGUCUCCCUCCUUGCGGGCAGCGCAUUCGCUGCACCCACAGACAUGUCCGCUGAAUUCAACGCCGACAUGGCUUCUGACAUGACUACCGACAUGUCCGCAGACGUCGCUGCCAUUUCAAACAUGCGCCUGGCUGACAUGUUCAGCGAGCGCCAGCUGGCCGUGCUCAAGGUUCUCUCCGAGCACAAGCAUGAGCUUGGCAUGAACGAGAAGGAGGUCGAGAUUAUGGAUACUUUUAUGGAGGCUCUACACGAAAACAUCCAUUUCAAUGACAAGAGACAGGUUGAUACUACGGCAGCUGCCCCGAACACCACCAACACUACGGCUACUACGACUUCUGCGCUCGGAAACCUUGGGAGUCCGACUGACGCCUUGAACACGACUGCUGCGGGCGCUGCUACCGGGGCAACAGCACCAAAUCUCGCAAAUUCGACCACUGGAGCUGUAACAGGAACAGCCACAGCUACGCUGGCGGAUAUUCUGAAGGGCAUUCCGGCAUUGGGAAGUCUGCUGGCGGGAACUGGAGGAGCUACCAGUGGAUUGAGUGGACUUACGAGUGGACUGGGUGGUUUGACUGGUGGCCUGGGAGGAUUGACUGGUGGCCUGGGAGGAUUGACCGGUGGCCUUGGGGGCCUUACUGGAGGUCUAGGAGGGCUAACUGGUUUGCUUACAGGACUUCGCAGGGGUGGCCUUCUCGGUGGUAUUCUCAUUCCUGGGAUCUUGUAA